CUAAACAUUUUUUUAGGUUAAGUGAAACAUUUCAAACGUUCAUGUUUUUAAAUUUAAUUAAAACUUCUGUUCACAAUUUUCGUGUAAAAAGUUGGGUAAACCAUAACAGUGCCGAAACCAAGUAAUUGUUUCUUGUUAAUUCGCCUUGAUGCCAUUUUCUCACAAUCAAAACAUUGAAGAUGUCAAAGAGAACUAUCAACUCUAGAAAUUUAUCAACAAAGAAGCCCCGAGUGGAGGAGUCGAACGAUUUUUGGGAUGACGACUUCGAUGAAGAUGUUAUCGAUGAUUGUUUUAAACGAGCAACUCAAAUUGUGGAAGAGGAACGCGAUGACACUCUACAGUCUUCAUAUAGCGUUUUUAAAGAUCCCAGGAAUAUGUUUACGUCCACACAACAAAAUCCUGCGAAUCAAUGUACUUUAGAAGAUAGAAUAAAGCAAUUACAGGAAAAGUUUGCAGAGAAAGAARGAGAAGUUUCAAUACUAAGGACCAAUUUACAACACUUGAGAGCAUCGUCACAAGUAGAUCAAGAAAAGAAACAGAAAGAAUGGACUGACAAGUUUUCUGCAUUGGAAAAGGAAAAUAAAUCCAUCAAAAGUGAAUUAGAAUUUAAGAAUCUUGAAGUUGCAAAUCUYAAACAUCAAAUUACAGAACUCUUGAAACUAAUAAAUACAGAACAAAAGACCAAAGCUAAUGAGUGCAAAACUACUAUUACAAGUCCUCAAAAGAAAAUAAAGGAAGUGUUGAAUGAAAACACUAAAAUUCAUAUAAAUACUGUGGAAUUUUAUCCAUUAAAAAAUUUCACUUUCUCAUUUUUGCAUAAUAACUCAAAAAUGGAGAAUACCACUCUUAAUAAAAAAAUAAAAGAUUGCGACUUGUGUUCCAUUUAUAACGAGUUAUUCGGUUUAGCCAAUCUCUCACAUAAUGAAUUAGAUUCCGAAGUAGGUGCACAAUACGUAAACAAGGUUGUAGAUUUUUCAUUUCAGCAGUUAAAAAAUUUUCGUGUAUGUAUGCAAAAGAAUGAGGAUGGAAAUCAUUUACUGGAUGUAUCAGAACUGGAUGAACUAUAUUUACAGAAUAACAGUUUAAAUAAGUUAAGUGAAUUUGUUGAGAAUUGUAGUGAAAUUGUUCAAUUUCUGGCCGAAGUAGUGCCAUUUAGUACCCACUUGACGAAAUAUUUGCUCUCAGAUCAGUCCCUAAAUUCAAAAACUAACUUAAAUGAACAAUUCGUGGAUAUUCCAGCAUCACAAUAUUUGCUAUUACUCUUGGACCUCAUUUCUAUGAUUGUAAAUACUAGGACAGAAAAAUUUUCAAAUUUUGUUCGUGCCACUAUUAGUUUGUUGUGUCGACUAAGCUGUGAGGACGCCUGCAGUUUAAAAGAGUUUUACGAAACAGUUACCAAAAAAUUACUUUUGUUUAAUGAUGUUGAAAUUAUCGUGGACUUUACUUUAUUUCUUAAAAUGACC